AUGACGGGUUGGGGAGGGGAGGCAACUCUUGUAGACAUGGAGGACCGGAGUUUACUUGUUUUAUUCCUCUCAGGUAUUCUGGCAAGUGUCCUGAUUAAAAGGUUCAGCUGCCGUGUAACCAUGUUUAUCAGAGUGUUCCUUAUGUCUGUUGGGUUUAUAAUUUGUGCUUUCGUUUUUUUUGGCGGCGUGCAUAGCAUUGGGUCAGGGUUGGUAUAUUCCAGUGCCUAUAUAAUCAUUGGAUAUAACUUUCACCACAAUAGGAAAAUAGCUAAUGGAAUUGCAGUGUCAGGGGUUGGAAUUGGCACCCUCGUCCUUGCUCCGGUAGCAGAGGCUGCUCGGAAAGAAUAUGGAAAUACAGGAUUCUUCUUUAUCCUUGCCGGCAUCGCGUUACAGGAAGCACUGUUCUGUAGUCUGUUCUUCCCGUCAGAACUGGAAACGAGACAAAAAAUCAGAUAUCAAAACAUGACAUGCAAAAACAAUAUGACAGUUUUAAACAAUAUGUUAGAAUCGUUCAGGAUCCUGAAACACAAGUCAUUACUUUGUUUAUGUGUCAGCCUGUUUUUCUCAAAUUUAGGAAUUAGUCUUGUUUACGUGCAUCUUCCCCGUUAUGCAAUAGAAAAGGGAUCGUCGUCUAUGGAUGCAUCUUUUCUUGUUUCUGUUUAUGGAAUACUUGACUUUAUAUCGCGGAUAUUGGUAGGAUUUGCCACCCAAGACGAAAAUAUAGACGAAAUUGUGAUUUAUUUUGGAACAUUUGGUCUUCUCGGCUUAUCAACUUUGUUCUUCCCAUUGUACGCAUCUACAUAUGGAGGCCGACUCACGUAUGCAGUUUUCUUUGGAUUGUAUUCCGGUUGUUACACCGUUCUAAUAAAUUCAUUGAUUAUACAUCUUCUCGGGAUAGAAAACUUAGCCACAGGCCUUGGACUAUACCUGUUCUUUAGUGGUUGUGGCUCAACCAUUGGACCUGUAAUCGCAGGUGCGAUCAUCGACUAUACUGGGUCGUAUGAAAAUUCCUUCCUAUUUGCGGGAUCUUGCAUCACAGUCGCCUCAAUUUUAGGAAUUGUGGUACAGCGGUUCAAGAAAACAGCAAAACCCUUCCCCACAGACGAUAGAGUAAUCCCUACUGUGUCAGGAACUGUAACAAUGGAAACGGUGACGGAAAUAGUCACUCACUCUAACAAAGAUGACUACUAG